UCCAAAAACCUAAAACCACACACACCACAAAUUAAAGUCUGAAAGGUAAUUAAUCAAGAUGACAGGUUCAGGUACACCUUGUGGAGCGUGCAAAUUCUUGAGGAGAAAAUGCGUGAGAGGUUGUGUUUUUGCACCUUACUUUUGCCAUGAACAAGGUGCUACCCAUUUUGCAGCCAUUCAUAAAGUCUUUGGUGCAAGCAAUGUCUCCAAACUCCUUGCUCAUCUUCCUGUCGACCAUCGCUGCGAAGCCGCCCUCACCAUCUCAUUCGAAGCUCAGGCAAGGCUUCAAGAUCCAAUCUAUGGCUGCGUCGCACAUAUUUUUGCCCUACAACAACAGGUUAUGAAUUUACAAGCACAGUUGGCUUAUUUAAGGGAACAAGCUGCACAGAGUUGUAAUCUGAACCCUAAUACUACUACUGCUCUUUACCCCCAUCACCAAGAUCUUGGAAAUUCGUUCCAGAUGGAGAAUUCCACCAUGGUUCCACACUUUCUUUCUAAUACUUCAUCUAAUUAUCCCUCAUCAGCAACACAACAAUACCAUGGGAAUACUCGUAGUAGUCUCAUGAUGGAAUCAAACCCUAUUGAGAACUACGAAAAUUCAAGCAUCUCCUUUAAUUCAUAUAGCUUUGAUGAGACUUGUGACACGCUGUUCUUUGACAUGAAAAGUGGAUCAACUUCAAUAAGUGGUCUUUGAUUACAUUAAGGAUUAUACUUCAAUCGGUGAAGAGCUUCAUGAAAGAUCAGUGCCAGCUGCAGGGGAAAGGAUAUUGGCGGAGACCACUUUAUCAAACUUUAAUUGCUUCUUUUUUGUUUUAUAGUUAGUAUAUUGUGAAGCAUGCAAUUCUCUCUGUUUCCAUAAAUAAGCUAAUUAGGAAACCUAAAAAUAUA